AAAGAAAUUGUGUGUCCACUCAUCCAUCCUCUCUUAAUUUUCCUUUUAAAAUUCUCAAAAUCAUGUCAAUGAUAAAACCAUUUAUUCUCAUUUUGUGCACAAUUGUUGUUGUAACUCAAGGAAAAACUGUAACCACAAAUUAUGCAAAUUUAAUACAACAAACUUGUAGGAAGACACCAAAUUAUGGUCUUUGCAUUCAGUACUUGAAUGGUAGCCCAGGAAGUUCUACUGCAGAUGUAAAUGGUUUAGCACAAAUCAUGGUUAACGUAAUUAAGACCAAAGCAAGCAUUGCCUUAAACAAAAUUCAUCAAAUUAUUGGAAGGAGUGCACAAAAGGUGGCACUAAAUUCAUGUGUUGAUAAAUACAAUGCAGUUUUGGUAGCUGAUAUUCCACAAGCUAUUCAAGCUUUGCAAAGAGGAAAUCCAAAAUUUGCAGAAGAUGGUGCGAAUGAUGCUGCUGUUGAGGCCAACAGCUGUGAAAAUGGCUUCUCUGGAAAAUCACCACUCACUGCUGAAAAUCGUGCUACACAAGAUGCAGCUGCCAUAACCGCAGCUAUUGUUAGAUUAUUGCUCUAGUUACUUUACUUUCAUUAUGCUAUUCAACCAUCAAUAAAUUAAUAUUAUUCUCAUGUCAUAAAAAUUGUAUUUUCUGUUUCUUCUAUCUUUAUAGCUAAUAAAUUUAUUUGGGA